UUCCGUUUUUCCCGCGAAACAACACACCGUGGAGCAUUGCAUCCAGCCUGUCAUACCAGCUCCGUCUUUGAGUUGUAACUCCUUAAUAAUUCAGCGUUUAGGUUUUAUUUUCGACCAGCUCUGUUUGUAAGCUCCUCUGGUUCAAUAUGUCCGGAUUUGACGACCCCGGAAUUUACUACAGCGAAAGUUUCGCUGGAGAAGGAUCCGUGGAUGAAGGAGGACAGAAGAGGAGUCAGAUCAAGAAACGGUUCAGAGAGUUCCUCAGACAGUUCAGAGUGGGGACAGACCGAACCGGAUUCACUUAUAAAUACAGAGAUGAGCUGAAGAGGCACUACACCCUGGGCGAGUACUGGGUGGAGGUGGAGAUGGAGGAUUUGGCCAGCUUUGACGAAGAUUUGUCUGACUGUCUGUACAAGCUGCCAACUGAGAACCUGCCACUGUUGGAGGAAGCUGCCAAGGAGGUGGCAGAUGAAGUGACCCGACCCCGUCCCGCAGGCGAGGAGACAGUCCAGGACAUCCAGGUCAUGGUGAAGAGCGAUGCUCAUCACGCCUCCAUUCGCAGCCUCAAGUCAGAGAUGGUGUCUCGCCUGGUCAAGGUCCACGGUAUCAUUAUAUCUGCCACCGCGGUAAAGGCGAAAGCAACCAAGGUGUGUCUGCAGUGUCGCGGCUGUCGCUCUGUCAUCCCGAACAUCCCCAUUCCUCCAGGCCUGCAGGGCUACGCUCUGCCGAGGAAAUGUAACAAAGAGGAUGCUGGGAGAGUGAAGUGUCCUGUGGAUCCAUACUUCAUCAUCCCGGACCGCUGCGUCUGUGUCGACUUUCAGACUCUCCGCCUACAGGAGUCUCCUGAUGCAGUCCCUCAUGGAGAAAUGCCCCGACACCUGCAGCUGUACUGCGACAGGUAUCUUUGUGACCGAGUCGUCCCAGGGAACAGAGUGACCAUCAUGGGAAUCUUCUCCAUCAAAAAGAUGGCGGCGGCUAAGACCGCUGGUAAAGAGAAGAGCGCAGGUGUGGGCAUCCGCUCGUCCUACCUGAGAGUGGUCGGCAUCCAGGUGGACACAGAAGGAACAGGUCGAGGUGCUACAGCGUCGGUCACCCCACAGGAAGAAGAGGAGCUCAGGGCGCUCGCUGCUACUCCGAACAUCUACGCCUCGCUGGGUCGAUCUGUCGCUCCGUCUAUUUAUGGAAGUGAUGAUCUAAAGAAGGCAAUCACCUGUCUGCUGUUUGGAGGAUCAAGGAAGAGGCUUCCUGACGGUCUGACUCGUAGAGGAGACAUUAACCUGUUGAUGCUGGGAGACCCGGGAACCGCCAAGUCUCAGCUGCUCAAGUUUGUAGAGAGAUGUUCACCCAUCGGGGUGUACACCUCUGGUAAAGGCAGCAGUGCAGCCGGUCUGACCGCCUCCGUUCUGAGGGACCCGCACACUCGAGGGUUCAUCAUGGAGGGCGGCGCCAUGGUGCUGGCUGAUGGUGGAGUUGUCUGCAUUGACGAGUUUGACAAGAUGAGGGAAGACGACAGAGUGGCCAUUCAUGAAGCCAUGGAGCAGCAGACCAUCUCCAUCGCAAAGGCCGGCAUCACCACAACCCUGAACUCUCGCUGCUCCGUCCUCGCUGCCGCUAACUCCGUGUUCGGGCGCUGGGACGACACAAAAGGCGAAGACAACAUCGACUUCAUGCCCACCAUCCUGUCCCGUUUUGACAUGAUCUUCAUCAUCAAAGACCAGCACGACCAGCAGAGAGACAUGACGCUGGCUCGUCACGUGAUGAACGUCCACCUGAGCGCUCAGACUCAGACUGAAGGCGUGGAGGGCGAGAUCCCGCUGGCCAUGCUUAAGAAAUACAUCGGCUACGCCAGAGCUAAAUGCGGCCCUCGUCUUUCUGCUGCUGCUGCGGAGAAACUGAAGAACAGAUACGUGCUGAUGAGGAGCGGAGCGAGAGAGCACGAGAGGGAGACGGACAAAAGGCCGUCCAUCCCCAUCACAGUCAGGCAGCUGGAGGCCGUCGUUCGUAUCGCCGAGUCUUUGGCGAAGAUGAAGCUGCAGGCCGUCGCUGGAGAGGAAGAGGUCGAUGAAGCUCUCAGACUCUUCCAGGUGUCCACGCUCGACGCCGCGCUGUCAGGAAGCCUCUCAGGAGUGGAGGGCUUCACCUCUCAGGAGGAUCAGGAAAUGAUCUCACGUGUUGAAAAGCAGCUGAAGAGACGCUUCGCCAUCGGCUCACAGGUUUCUGAACACAGCAUCGUCCAGGACUUCACCAAACAGAAAUAUCCAGAACACGCCAUCUACAAAGUCCUCCACCUGAUGCUGAGGAGAGGCGAGCUGCAGCAUCGCAUGCAGAGGAAAGUCCUCUACAGAGUCAAAUAGAGGAAACCAGCUCUUAUUUCACACCUAUGAUGUUAAUGUAAAUAGUUUUGAUCUACGUAUUCUCUGUUUUUGUGUCAGGACAUGUUGGAAUGAUUUAUGCUCUUAGUCGUGGUGAAAAUCUGGGAUUUAUUUAGUAAAUGAAUUCAUAAAAAGUAAUAAAAUAAAGGCGUCACUGUUACACACAGAUGUUUAAAGGUGUCUGAUAUGGAAGCAUUUGAAAUAAAGUACUUAAA